AUGGGAAUGCAAUGCGAGGACCCCAAGAAGAGCCGGAUCAACGUGAAUCAGGUGCUGGACUACGCUCGGAAACAGAACUGUGAUCUGAAGGAGUUGGCGGACGGAAAGAAAAAGUCAUCGUACGCGGACGCGGUGAAGGGUACGGUGAUCCACGAGAUUCUGGUUAGCCAGCAAAAUGAGAUGAAAGAGAAAAUGAUCAGAGUGGGCACGACACAGUAUUUGGUCGUGUCUGGGCUGGCUGGUACUUUGGUUUGUGGCGGGAGUCAUUUGUUGAGUACGCCGUUGGAUGUGCUCAAGUGUAGGAUUCAGGUUGGUAUUUGUGCUUUUUAUAUGAUAAUAAUUGAUCUUUUUUUAUAUGAUAAUAGUUGAUCUUUAAUUAGCCACAAAUUUUUACGUUUGCUAUUGUAAAACAUAAAACAUAACAUAAACUUUCAAAAAAAGUCUUGUCUUUUUCAAGCAUGACAAACAGUGUAAAUUGACGACAAGACUUUUUAAUUAGUAAGUUAAAGCAUGAAACUCAACUUCUUAAAUUUUAAAAUGACUUUUUAGGUUGACAAAGCCAAGUUUCCAGACCUAGGCACAGCUUACAGAGUAACGUUGCAAGAAGAAGGUAUUCGAGGUUUGGCCAGAGGCUGGUCUCCGACUUUGCUUGGUUAUGGUGCUCAAGGCUUUGCUAAAUUUGGAUUUUAUGAGGUAAAUUCUGAACUUCUUGAUGUUACUAUUACCAAAUAUUGAAUUACUCUGUAACUACUGUAUAACAAGUUCAUUUUAUUCUCAGAAUAAUUAGUUAUAUAGAGGUUGUUAGAUUAAAAAUUUUUUUUCAGAGCUUCAAAAAGCUGAUAUCAGACUCAGUCGGUCCAGUACACACCUACAACUACAAACUUGUCAUCUUCGCCGCCUCUGCCGGCCUGGCAGAAGCUGUAGGAGAUGUGGCACUAUCGCCGUUCGAAGCGGCCAAGGUUCGUACUCAAACUCGACCAGGAGCACCAGCACAGAUGUUCAAAUGUCUGCCACAAAUCGCUCGAGAUGAAGGUGCACACGGCUUGUUCAAGGGAUUACCCGCCCUUUGGAUGAGACAGGUGGGUAGGGCAGGGUAUUUUAUGUUAGGAAAAAAUUUAUAUUAGGAGUGGAUUUUUGAAAGUAUUUCUUUGAAAAAGGAGUCGAUUUUAUAAAUUAAUAUUGCGUUUUAGCCUUAGAGUAUUGAUUACAUUGUAGUAGAUACAGUGGCCACUUAUUAUAUUGCAGUAAUUUUCUUAUAAAAGUUUGUUAUAUUGCAUUAAAUGGAUAAAGACGCCCAAUUGAUUAACAUUCUUCAGUAAAAUUCUUUUUCAGAUCCCGUACACUGUGUCCAAGUUUGUAUGCUACGAGUAUGCGGUCGACUUCCUGCACAAACUCUUCAACAAGCCAAAGGCUCAAUGUUCAAGGGCUGAACAGCUUCAGAUCAGUCUUCUUGCUGGCAUUUCGGCUGGUAUGUUCUUAAAAAUAUUAGUUUGUUCGAAUAAUUAUGAGCCCUUUCUCAUAGCAAAUUUUAGAAGUUAAGGAGCACAGAAUUAAUUGAACAGCCUGGUAUUGUGAUUUAAAUACCAAUUUCUAGCCUAAAACCAUAGUUUUUCAAAUUACAUUGACACUCCCAAGCCUAAAAUCAUAAAUUUUCAAAUUUCAGGCGUAGUAAGUGCGAUCUGUUCCCAUCCGCCAGAUGUGAUCGUAUCUCAACUCUACAAGAAUCCAGACGCCGAGUUCUCCAAGGUCUGCAAACAAUUAGGCUGGCGUGUUCUUUGGGCCGGACUGGCGACCCGAAUCUUGAUGAUUGGAUCGAUUGCAGCUUCUCAGCUGUUCGUCGUCGACACGGUGAAGCUGGCUCUACAUCUGGAACGUCCGCCACUCCCGCCGAUGCCGGAUUCUUUGAAGAAAAAGUUGGAAAAAUAA